GAUUUCGCUACGCGAUUCGCUUUUCGAGUUAGGAUAUUUGUUACCGGUAUAUAUAGGAAGUACUGCUAGAAAAGCUCUAGGUGUUCACCUUUUGCUACUCCUGACAAAUUCGAGCCAUGGUUGAAGCUGCAGACAUCGCAGUGGUCUCUUUCGAGCGCUUUCUCCACGGCAACGACGCCGACAAACAAACCGUGGCAGGAGAAUUGUAUGACGCCUUCUCUACGGUGGGCUGGGUCUACCUAAAAGACCACGGAAUUCCUCAGAGCAGGGUUGACGAGAUCUUCGAGCUAGCAAAAUCCUUCUUCGCCCUCCCCAUCCAACAAAAGCUUACAUGGCGCCUCAAAGACGCCGAAGUAAACCAAGGCUACACCGCAGACGGCGACGAAGCCAACGGCGGAACCGACCACAAAGAAUGCUACGAGCACCGGCGCUUCGCUAACGACCACUGCCCCACCGACGACGAAGUCCAAAGUUUCAAGACUACUUUGGACGAUUUCUACGUGCAGUGCCUAACGCUUGGCCUAAACGUCUUGAAAUGCCUCGCCAUGGCCCUGGAACUCGGCGAUACCUUCUUCGACGACAUCACCAAAAAGGCGGAUCCGCAAUUACGACUCAUCCACUACCCGGCAAUCGAGCGGCGCGUCGUAGAGCAGGAAGGCCACGCACGCAUCAUCCCGCACACGGAUUUCGGGCUGUGCACGCUGCUCUUUCAAGACCAAGUUGGCGGCCUCGAAGUCGAUCCCUUCCACACGGGCGACUUCAAGCCCGCGGUUCCCGUCCCGGGAACUGUGCUCAUCAACAUCGCGGACCUGCUGCAGCGCUUGACUAAUGAUCGGUGUCGGAGUACGGUUCAUAGGGUUGUGAGUCCGAGGGCGGUGGAGGGAGACGUGCUGCCGGCGAGGUAUUCGAUUCCCUUUUUUAUCCAUCCGGAUCCGGAGGUGGUGAUUGAGCCGGUGGUUAAGGAGAAGGGAGAGGUGAGGAGGUAUGAGGCGGUUAAGGCCGGGGAGUGGAGGGUGUGGAAUACGAGGAAGAAUUAUACGACGUUAGAGAAGGAGGGUGGGGGUGGGGAGGUGGGUGUUGCGGCAGCCUGA